GUUUUGCGCAGCACGUACUGAGUGUAGGCUGAAUCAGAUUUAGAUCGAUACGUGGACGUUUCAAUCAAUUCAUAUUUAUCUCCUUCCCGGCUUGCUGACUGUGCAAUUUACGCAAGUUUAGGCGAAAAAAAUCAUGAGCGACAGGAUAAGUGAAGGUCUUGAGUCAUCAGAAUGACUAACAAGGGUUGAUGACAAAUAUCCUUCAGCGAGAGGAUUGUUUGAGGGGAAAAUACAAUAUUUAUAAACAAACAACAUAACAAACAGAAGGGAUUAGGAGCUUCUGGGCCUCGUAAGCUGUUCAGGUGGAAGUACACCAAGAAAAUAUUUUUAAGAUGGUUUCAAUGUUCCGAUGGAUGGUAUCCUUCGCGCUUUCAAUCCUGUGCACAUGUUGUGCGGAAGCUGCAGAAUUCAUGUACCCGAAGGAUUUUCAGUCCCAUCUGGCGGAGAUGGUUUAUGCCGUGUGCGCAAGAAAUGCGAUUGCGAAUGGUCAAAACUAUGAAGUCACUGAUUAUGAAACAAACUAUCCACCCUCAUGUAACAGGCCAAUUUUUUGUGAGAGCGAUUUGCUGCACGACGUGGCUUUGUCUGAUAUCGACAAAGAUCUGAGCACACCGUUCUUGCGCAGGAAGCUUCGAUACCCUCCGGACGUGAUUCUGGAUCGGUACCAAGCCCUGAAGGAGAGUUAUGGCGGGCGACCUAUGUCUAGACCGGAGCUUCUUCAGUUCGUCAACGAAACCACGGAAGAAGCCCACGAACUCAUAGAGUGGGUCCCCGACGAAUACAAGGAGGAAACCGCUUUGAUGAGACGCAUUAAAAGUCCCGAGUACCAGCAAUUUCAGCGAAAACUGCAGGAGAUCUGGAAACUUCUGCUGAGGAAGGUGUCGCCGGACGUUGCCGUGAACGAGGACCGUUACUCGAUCAUCUACAUACCCAACGGCUUCACCAUCGCCGGAGGACACUUCAACGAGCUUUACUACUGGGACACGUUCUGGAUCAUCAAUGGUCUACUCCUCAGUGAAAUGCCCGCCACUGUUAAAGGAAUUAUUGAGAACUUUUUAUCUUUGGUCGUCCGUUUCAAAUUCAUUCCAAACGGAACCCGCGUUUACUACUUGAACCGAUCUCAACCUCCACUGCUUAUCCCGAUGAUGAACUCAUACCUGCACUUCACAAAUGAUUUCUACUUCGUUCGAGCCAACUUGCAAAUUCUAACGGGCGAGUUCGAAUGGUGGAUGGAAAACAGAUCCGUGCAAUUUACAAAAGGGGACAAAACUCAUGUCAUGUUCAGAUACGAUGCGCGGUCAAGAGGGCCACGACCGGAAUCUUACAAGAAUGACUGGGAAAUUGGACAUCGAAUCAAGUCAAAAACUGGCCAAGAUCGAUUUUACUCAGACAUCAAGUCUGCUGCCGAAAGUGGUUGGGACUUUUCAACACGGUGGUUUUACAAUAAAUACAACAAUCAUAAGGCCACUUUAGCGGAUAUUCACACAAGGGACAAGGUUCCGGUGGAUUUGAACGCUAUUCUCGAGAGGAAUGCUCGUCUCCUUAGCGAAUGGUGGUACAGGAGUGGAGAUGUCUACAAGGGCAAACAUUACAAAUUGGUCGCUGAGCGACUGCUCGAGUCAAUUCAUGAGGUCUUCUGGCGUGAAGACCUUGGAAGCUGGUUCGACUGGCAGCUGAACGCUCACAAGCACGAUGAAGCCUUUUACGGGUCAAAUUUUGCUCCGUUGUGGACACAAAGCUAUUUCAUGCCCAAGGAGUUUGUGGCGGAAAAAACCAUUCAGUAUUUGAAAUACGCAAAAGUUCUUUGCGAUAAUGGUACUCCACGGUACAUCGGAACUCCAACGUCAUUAACUGAGUCGGGCCAACAAUGGGACUUCCCUAAUUCGUGGGCACCUUUGCAAAUGUUCUUGAUUCAAGGGUUAGAUCUAACGGGCGUUUUGAAAGCGCAACAACUAGCCGAAAAACUUGCGCAAAAUUGGGUCUACACAAAUUAUCGUGGACUGGUAACUUCAGGAUUCAUGUAUGAGAAGUAUGAUUCCACUAAAGUAGGCUUGACGGGUGGAGGAGGUGAAUAUGCGCCCCAGACUGGAUUCGGGUGGACUAACGGUGCUAUAACUAUAUUGAUGAACAGAUAUGGAGACAUCUUAUCUCCUAAGCGCAGUGAGACCUGCUAAACCUCACAAUCAUUCUGGCUGUUAGAUUUCUAUUGGUGGCGAAUUAAUUAUGAAAAUGUCUUUGAAAAUCGAUCAUUGGAACUCUUAAAUUCAAUAAAAGCGUGAUCAAAAAAGCA